UGGAAACCCAGACGACACUGACCUAGUCCUACUAAAAACACAUAUAACCGCUUUAGAAUUAAAGGAUAAUGAAAUAAUAAAAAAGUUUAAUAACGAAAUAUCUUUUAGUCAAUCUAUUGAUACGAGAUUCAAUAAAUUAUUAGAUAAAAUUAUUCGAUGGAUACAUUGCUCUUCACAACGAAAUUAUUAAUCUUGAAAACGUUAAUGAAUUUCUGAUGAAACUUAUUAGAACCAUUACUUUGUCUCAUUUAAACAUUUCAAAUAUCGAAUUAUUUACGUUAAAGGAACUUCAAAUUUUAAAAAAUAAUCUUGUCAAAAUUUACUCUAGAAACGCCCUCCUAAUUAAUGAUGAACACCCCUACGAACUCGUAGAAUCAUCAAAAACUUUAAUUUGUGUUACUUCGAAAACAAAGCUCAUAAUAGUAAAAAUCCCGAUUUUCCAUACCAAUACUUAUUCUACCCAUAGAAUUUACCCUCACCUACACAUUUCUACGCAAACCUGGCUGAGCAUCCCCGAAACCCAUGGACAAAUCCAACCGCUGGAGGCGAUGGAGACUCUGCCCAGAAUUUCAACUGGCCUCAGCACCACCUCGCUUUUACUAAUACUAAUUAUUUUAGCUGCACUCCUAACGAUUCUUAUUAGGAAAAAGAAAAGAAUUGGCAAAAUUCUUUUCGGACCAAAUCUACAGCCAACCCAAAUCGAGAUACUACAGGACCUUAUUUUGGAAGCCACCAAGACUUCGAGGACGAAGUCAGAACCAAAGGAGGGAGGAGAAAUGUAA